GAUUUGAAAAAUAGAUUCGAACGAUGCACUCAGUGUAUUAAUUCAUAAUUUGUAGAACACAUAUCUUCUCUGACAACAACGUCCAUGUUAGAUUGCGACUAUUUUGAAUGGAAAUUUGGCGAAAACCCGACUCAUGAGAUUCACUUGACUGUCAGUUCUACCACACAGUGGUGGUAGUGCUAGUAGUGGCUGGUGGAUUGUAUGGCAGCUUGAAGAGUCCAAAAAUCACUGUACUUAGCAAGCUUAACCUUUAGUUAAAGUUACUUAACCUUUAAGUAGCUCUCUAUAUAUUCUAAGAUGCUGAGUUGCACAACGCUAUUGUUUCACCUGUAUGUGCCAUGUAGAUAGCUCUCCGCUGAACCGAGCUCAGCUCAAAAGCUAGCAUGUUUGCUAGCUUGACUCGGCUAACUUAGCUUAGUAGCAUAUUAGCUAUUUCUGCUUAACCAUCUACAACAUUAAUGUUUACAUCGGGCACCUAUAUAUGUGGAUAUGGCACAUCGGAAAGAAGUGUUUCUAUCAAAAGUACUCCAGAAGCUUUAUCCUGCAGCUCUCAUAGUUGAGGAGGAACCCAGCCCAGCCCAAGCUGGAAAAACGUACAUGAAAGGAAAAGCCUGUCAGGGGGACACUGCUAGUGCCACUUCUGUUUCAGGAGAUGCAGGCCAAACACAGAGUGCAGCCAGUUCCAGCAGGCGGAUGUACACGGUCCUGCCUGCUCCUGCAGAGACUCAUUCAGAGAAAUCUUUCAUCCAAAUAGAAAGCAGAAAUAAUGCCAAGGGCCAAGCUGAGGAGAUUGUCCAUGACAGCAACGAAGAACUAGACAAAGAUAAUGAGCAAGAAGAGCAGAAGAGAAAAAGGAGAAGAAGGAAAAGGAAACCAACUCCUCAUCAAGACUCUGAGCAAGAUGGAGCAGCUGCAGGGAGCGAGUCCAGCAGGAGUCAGUUCAGUCAAGCUCCUGUGGAUGAGGGAGGAGGGUGCAUUAGCAAGAACAAGAAGAGAAAGCUGAAGAAGAAGAGGCACAAAGAAAAGCUACUCUCCAUGGGUCUGGUGCCCCGGGCGGCUGCCCUGGAGUUCAUGUACCAAAAAGAUGGGGAGGUGGAGGAUAAUCAGAAGAGAGCUGCAGAGGUGUCAGACUUCCUCAGGACAACACUGGAAAUCUAUUUGUCAGAUUCCUCUUUGCAUGUAGACAAGCCUUCUCUCCUGUCUGGGACAGUGGAUGAACUUCUGCGUCGCAUAUCCAGUGGUGGUAACCCCACUCUCCUCCUGAAGCAGCUCUGCAGUCUCAAGGCCUUUGUUCAAGAGAAAGAGACAGACAAACUGAAAGAGGCACUAGAGGAGCUGUACUGCAAUUCCUUCAUGUCUGAAGAGGAAACCAGUGCAGUCAGUUUGCUGUUCCAGUACUGGAUGACAGACAUUCUUCCAAUGAAGGGAGCAAAGAACACACAACUUUCUUCAACGCACCCAUGAGACUGUCAGUCACAGUGAAAAUGAGAUGCUACUGAAGGAUCAUUUCUGCCAGGAGCUCCUGAAAAUUUCUUAUACGCUGCAUUUCAAAAAUAUUGAUA